AUGUCUUCCAAGAGGACAAAGGGUGUAACCGUAGUUUAUCCUAUAGUUUAUGGAAAUGUUGCAACGUUACUUCCUCAGAAAAAAGUUCCAGAUUCUGAUCAUACGCACAAAUGGACUGUUUCAGUAAGAGGAAUUAACGGAUCCGACAUAAGUCAUUUCGUUAAAAAAGUCACUUUUAAGUUACACGAAACCUAUUCAAAUCCCCAAAGAGUCGUCGAACAACCGCCGUUUGAAAUUACGGAAACAGGCUGGGGGGAAUUUGAACUUUCAAUAAAACUUCAGUUUGUUGAACCUGGCGAAAAGCAUGUGUCUUUAUAUCAUAACCUCCGCCUUCAUCCAUACGAAGAAGAUGGUUCAAUUUCAACCGUGAACAAAAAUAAACCAGUUCAAAGUUUUCAAUAUGAUGAAUUAGUAUUCACUGAUCCGUCAGAAGCGUUGUAUCAAAUACUGACGCAACAUCCGAUACCAACUCUUCCACUCAGAACUUCUCCGAAUAUACCUUACAGUCUGCAGGCAGAACAAGAGGAACUUCGCAAGAUCGAUGAGGCUUACAGAAAAGUUCAAGAACAAGUGGUGACAUAUAAAAAUAAACUGGAGAAGAUCACAAAAGAACUUGAUGACGUCAAAGGAAAUUUAGAACAACACAAAAAAUAG